GCUCGUACGCCGGUGACAAAGCCAAAGAAAUCCAGGCUAAGGAAGAUGAGGUCGUUGAUGCAUGGAAACGACUCAACUGGCGCGUGAAACAACGCACUGAGCGACUGCACGAUGCGGACGACUUGUACCGAUUCUUGUUAGCUGUUCAAGACCAGAUGUUAUGGAUGAACGACAUGUUAAAACAGAUAUUAACUUACGAGAAAGCAAAGUGAGUGUCACUGCUGUACCAUUCGCCACUUUAGAAACGAGGGAACUGAAGCCGAAAUGCGGCCAUUUGCCAAUUUUUCUCCUUGCUCUUUUAACAGUCCCAGAAAGUUAUCUUCAGUUUCGUCCUAGUAUUUAAAGUGGCGAAUGAGGCACUUAACUCUCGUUACCCCUCGUCUUUUCAUCUUCCUUUUAAAUCUUUCUCGUUGUAUACUGUCGGUGACCUUAAGUUGAAGACGAGCUUUGUCUUACACAAAUCGUUUAGGUGAAGUGCACAUUGUUGUUUAAAUAUUUACGUGCUUGUUCGUUCGUUCAAGGGAUGUACCGGGCGUGGAAGUAUUGAUUGAACAACAUCAGACCAGGAAAGUUGAAAUCGAUGCACGCGAGGAUAGUUUCCAGGACGUAGUGAAGAUGGGAAAAGAUUUGAUCGCAAGAAACCACUACGCUACUCCAGAGGUAAAAGUUUCUUUCAUGGUAGAAAUAUUUAUUUUUGUCUUGACGUUUUGCAUAUCCCUGUCAACUUCAUAGGGUCUUUUCCAUGACCUGCGUUAAAAAGGCAAUUUACUUGGUUUUACGUGAAUCGACUGGGAGACUAAUCAUAGCUUACUAAUUGCAGAUUAAUGAGAAACUUGACAUGUUGAACAGACACAAAGACGAGCUCUCACUUGAAUGGGACAAGAGAUGGGAACAUCUGCAGUUAGGUAAGACAGCUUGGUUUGUUACUGUGAUCUGUCCGGGUAAUAUCUUGAAACUAGUGGCAACGUAAUUCAUCUAACCAAUCAGAUUAAAUGUCGAUAACUCAGUGAACCAAUGGGAACUGAGACAAAAGUAGAGUCGAGCAUGGGGAGACGUGAAACUGUCUCCAAGCGCUGGAAAUCGUGCAGCUGGUUCCAAUGGCGGGAAAAUACGCGUAGGCCCUUACGCGAUAGUUUUUGAUUACAGUAAUACUUAUUUUCUCACUCACGUCUGGCUGCGGACAAACACAAAAUACACACAACAAAAGAAACAAAGCAACCAUUGAGUCCUUGAAUGCCAAGCUUGUCUAUCUUAUGAACAAUUUACAUCUGUCCAAUCUUUGAGAAAAAGUUCUAGUGAUCUUGUAUACUCAUGUGUUCGUUUGCCCAACAGUCCUCGAAGUCAUGCAGUUUGCACGUGAUGCUCACGUGGCGGAAGGAUGGAUGAUCGCCCAGGAACCGUACCUGAAAAACGAGAACCUCGGAGUAAGUCGACAUGAUCGUUGUUUUUGACCCUGUAAUUAACUUAAUUGUAGAAUAUCCGAAAUAUGUUUGCUUUCCUCCUUUUUUAACUCUUGAAGGCAUACAUAGUUACUUUUAUCAUGUUUACAUUAGUUUGAUUUGUUGUGUGCUCUUGUUGUAAAUGCUAUUGUUGUUUGAUUCGAAAAGUGGUAAGUCCUUUUUCUUGAUAUUUUUCGUUUUGCACAGGACGAUCUUAAUGAAGUGGAACAACUUCUGGAGAAGCACAGCAACUUUGAGAAACUUGUUAACACACAAGAAGAAAGGUUCCUUGCCCUGGAACGCUUGACCACGGUAAAGUAACGACAUUUUAGUAAUUUCUAUUUGUCUUCCAAGAGACACUGAUACAAAGCUCAAUUCAGAUCUCAACUUAAGAACACUCAAAAAACUGUGAUGUGGGUAUGACGUUCGCUGCUAAGCAACCGAUCGCUCAUAAAAUUUUCUGUGUGGGUUCUGUUGAUUUAAUGGAGACUAUUCUUGGAUAUCCUCCUCAACAAAGCCAAACUUUGAGCGAAUAAGGUCGUUUAGUUGAGAAGUAAAUUACCACUUCUUCCUGGGUGAAAGAUUCAUCAUUUAGUUGUCACACCUACAUUUUAGGGAGCAGCUGCACCUAUGUGACUUUUUUCAGGAGAAGAGACUGGAAUAUCGUUAAAGAUUCGAUUUUUUGGUCUUUCAGUUCGAGCUUCGCGAGGGAAAACGCCGCAAGAUGGAGCAAGAGCGCCGCGAACGGGAAGAAAGGGAAAGAGUGGAGAGAGAAGAACGAGAAAGGCAGGAGCAACUGGAGAGGAUCCGUCAGCAAGAGGAGGAAGAGUUAAGAAGGCGACAGGAAGAGGAGGAAAGGAAGAGAAGGGAGGAGAGGGAGAGACAGAAGACAGAGGAAGUAGUCGUGUCUGCUGUGGCUGCAGGGGUGAGUUUUUAUCUGCGCCCCCCACACACACACCCCCCAACCCACCUGCGCACUCGGUAUUACCUCAACCCUUUACUCUUAUCAGUGCCACAGAUAAAAUUUUCAUCCAAGAGAACUCUUAACUUAAAACGACCUUGUACAGCAUAAUAAACAGUACCACUGGAAAGUACUGCUCAGUAGCUUUCAUUUGAAUGGUUACAUUUUCGGAUUUCAUCCACAGACUCAAAAGUUUGAACCACCUUGUACAACAUAAUAAACAGUAACACAGGAAAGUACUGCUCAGUAGCUUUCAUUUGAAUGGUUACAUUUUCGGAUUUCAUCCACAGACUCGAAAGUUUGAACCACCUUGUACAGCAUAAUAAACAGUACCACAGGAACCACCUUGGUUACAGCAUCCACAGACUCGAAAGUUUGAACCACCUUGUACAGCAUAAUAAACAGUACCACAGGAAAGUACUGCUCAGUAGCUUUCAUUUGAAUGGUCACACUUUAGGAUUUCAUCCACAGACUCAAAAGUUUGAAGCACAUUGUACAGCAUAAUAAACAGUACCACAGGAAAGUACUGCUCAGUAGCUUUCAUUUGAAUGGUCACACUUUAGGAUUUCAUCCACAGACUCAAAAGUUUGAAGCACAUUGUACAGCAUAAUAAACAGUACCACAGGAAAGUACUGCUCAGUAGCUUUUAUUUGAAUGGUAAUACUUUAGGAUUAUAUUUAUGAACUCAAAAAGCUAGAACUACCUUGUUCAGCGUAAUAAACAGUACCAUGGGAAAGUACUUUCAUUUUUUUAGUACAUUCAGUUUAUGCCUUUCUCCAUUAUUGUUUGAAGUACCUUUGGCCAUCUUAGAUGUUCCCAGUUUUUAUUGUGUUCUUUUUGUUUGUUAUCAGGUUGAGUCUACACCAGAGGAAAAAGGUAAGCGAGCUUACUGUGGCUACUAUUUUUUUUAUUUUCUUACCCUUCCCUCAAGUCCCGGAAGUAGAUUAUUAAUGCCUAGUUAAAUGAUCAUCAGAAAAUGUGACCCGAGGCGUUCUUAUAUUUCUUGCAGAUAUUGAGGGGAGCGUAACUGAGGACAAAAUGGAAGGUUACCUUUAUCGUAAACCAACUAUGGAUGCUCCCAACAGAAAGGCCCCAAUCAGGUAAGUACUCAUCUACUUUUUAUUUAUUUAUUUUGAACAUCUUGGCUUUGUGGGUGAAUAGUUUACGUCUACGGGUGAAGUGGCCAUAACUAUAAUAAUUGCGUCAAAUCUUUCUUGGCUUGUCAUCCCACCAUAACAUUAGUGUUUACGGUAGACCGCUAGACGAUAAACUAAAAGUGCAGUCUCAUUUCCUGUGACCGUAUUUUGCACAGAAGUUCAGUUGUAGCUCUUAUUUCCGGUAAUACCUUCCAUUACCAACGUCAACACUUACCUUGUGAUUUCACGAUGAAACAUUCUGUUUCUGAUCAUUCUCUCUUUGUUCUUUUUACCCAGGCAAUGGAAACAAUUCUAUGUUAUACUUCAAGACCAGGUCCUUCAUUUUUAUAAAGAUCAGAAGACAGCUCGCGCGGUAAGUUUCUUAACUCAAACGUCGUUCUUACCUAGAGUGUAUUCUGUGCCGUUGCUUGUUGGAGGUAAAACAUCCUUCGCCCCCGUGAAAUACGUCCUCUUGAACCAGGCCUAUAUCUGAUGUGACAUUGAAAUUAACUAAGCCUCUGAUUGGUUGAGAAAAUGACCGGGUUUUUUUCUUAGCCAAUCACGUAGCGCGGUAUAAACGGCGCCGAUUGUUCCAGUUUGUCAAAUCACGUGGCUCGCGCAAAGCCUAAGUGAAGCGAAAUUUUUCACAACUGAACACCGCUGUAACACCUCGAAUGUUUUUUGUGGAACAGGAAAAUGAAGCAGCGCAUUCAAUGCCAACAGCGGAAAGUUAUGUUGAAGUAGCCACUGACUACACAAAGAGAAAGAAUGUCUUUAGAUUCAGGUAAGCUAUGCUUAGUUCAUUAUUUUAUGUUUUCUUGGUUAGAAUAUCGUAAAAUCCUAGGCUUAAAUUAGAUGACAAAGUUGUUUUUCUCCCUGAUAAACUUUCUAGUUCAAAAUCCUCGUGCAUUCUCUCUAUAUGUUUUAGCGGACUGUCUAAAAUGGCGAUAAAGACAAAGUUUAAUAAAUGAAUUUUUUGUCAUUGUUUCUACAGGUCAAACACUGGCCAAGAAUUUCUCUUCCAAGCAAAAGAUGACGUAAGCAUUCAAAUUUCUUCUAUUGCAUUUAUCUAGGAACGUUCUCGCGAUAAUUUUUCAAAUAAUUAUUAGAGUUUGUCACACUUAAGGAAGUCGAUCCUCAGACCCAAACCUUGUGAACCACCUUGUACAGCAUAGUAAACAGUACCACAGGAAAGAACUGCGCAGUAGCUUUCAUUUGAAUGGUCACACUUUAGGAUUACAUACACAGACUCAAAAGUUACAACCACCUUGUACAGCAUAAUAAACAGUACCACAGGAAAGAACUGCGCAGUAGCUUUCAUUUGAAUGGUCACAAUUUAGGAUUUCAUCCACAGACUCAAAAGUUAGAACCACUUUGUACAGCAUAAUACACUGUAGACCCUUAUGGCAAGGGCAAUGGGUCGGUCGGUUUAGUUGGGAAAGGUGGGGAGGGACUUACUGAAACGUUUUUGGAUUCUAUGUAUUGGAAGGCUUACCAACUUCCCCUCCCAUCUACCCUCAGGAUGACAUGAAUCUGUGGAUCAGGCGUAUCAAGGAGAGCUACGGAAAAGAAUCAACACCAGAGAGGAAAUCAGAAAAGCGAAGUAGCGGGAUAUUCGGAAAACGAAAAAGCAAGGAGAUCAAAUAAAGGAAAUCCCGAACAUUCUACUAGCUUAUAAAUUAUGACAAUCUGUGAGACAGUUCGGCACAAACAUAUAGGAGUUACAUUUGCAGUGAUGGGAGAGGUGUUCAGAAAAGGCAUGUUCGGAAAACUGGUAAAACUGAUAAAGCGUGUUUCUCAUCUUGUAUUUUAUCUCAGGUUUACUGCCAAGCAAAUACGUACUUAGGACUAAAAUUAAUUACGUCAGCCGUUUUCCAAUUUUCUUUUCUUGUUUAUGUUAGUGAAGCAAAAAAGAUUGCCUGUGAAAAUGUAACGUUUAUUGAUAGUCUGAGUUGUGUCAAGUGAAGUUUUGUGCGUCGUACUUCAAAAUUCAAA